ACCACAGCUAUUGUGAACAAGUACAGUAGGCUCAUGCUCAAAUGUUUCUCUCCUUCUUUCUUACCCAGAUAUUACUCUACGAAGGCCCUUAGAGGGAUUCGAAAAAAAUCAAGGCCUUUCGUGGACCCAAAAAUGGCUGAAGACGGAAACGGAAAGCCGGACACCUCCGAAGGACUAUGUAGCGAUGAAGAAAAGUCCAAGGACACUGGCAUCGCCAUAAACACACUCCUUUCCUCUAUCACGAAGUUUAUUCUCAACACACCCACACGCCGUCAGUCCAGUGCAGAACACUUCAUACAUUAUCGUUUGUCGGAGGAUCGAUUUAAGAAAGCGACCAUUACGCGUCAAGACGUCUUCGAGAAAAUCAUUUCUCUGCUCAUUCAUCACCGUCGCUUUCGAGAAGCUACCUCAGUGUAUCGGCGGAUGUUGAAAGAGGACUUUUGUGCUUCAUCUACGACUGACGCUCAAAUGCUAGCUAUUGGGCUUGCUAGUGGCGUGGUCAGACCAGAGCAGGCUCUCGAAGGGUUGGGUAGGAUAUUCCAAGGUGGGAGCUUGAGGAAAGAACCUAGAGAGGGGAAGUUUUUAGAGGAUGACUUCAUCCGGCUUUUGGGAGUCUGGAAGGCUCUGGAUUUACCGCCGCAGAGUAUGGUCCAUGUCAUUCGCAAGUUCAUUUCCUGCCAAAAGGAAGGAUACGUUCCUUCAAGGGUCAUUGUCAACCUCUUAGUGGGAAUGCUGGUUCGGGAUGGGUCGGUGGAUGAAGCCUUCCGAGUCAUCGACACCUACAAUGGCCAGACUGACGACGAACCUGAAGAGCCUAAUGUCGUCGUUGAUGAAGUUGACUCGAAUCCUGGAGCUACACAACCAUAUGCAGCUCUCAUCUCAUCUCUUCCUACUUUCGAUCCACUCUCUCAAAAAACCAUCGACCGGGUCUUGACAGAGAUCCGUUCGAACGAAAUUCAAAUCGAUUCUAGUUUGUUCACCGCCCUCAUAUCACAUUAUGCUCGCAAACGGGACAUACAGAAGACAUUGUCUUUGUAUGACGCAUUAAAAAAGGCUCGCGAAGAUACGGGCAUAGCCGAACUUGGGCCGGAUAUUGUGGUUUACAGGAGGUUAUGGGGGUUGACUAAAUGGGCGAACCGUCGGAAACUGGUUUUACCUCUAUCUUUGCGGAACCGCCACUCGAGGUCUCAACUUGCCCCUUCCUCUGAAACUCCCCGACCACCCAUUCCUCUUCGACUGAUAUUCAGAGAUAUGCUCCAGUACCUCUACAUCGACAUCAAUCACAUUGGCAGUAUGGAAAAGAUAACCGGUGGCCGAUAUCCCGGCCCCGACGAUGCUCAGUCCCUCCUGAAUACUGGUCUUCGUUCAUUUCUUACUUCAUAUGAUUACGAGGGGGCCAUCGUUCUGUUUGAAACCUUCACGGAACAGCUGGGUGUCCACGUGAGUGGCAGGACUUAUGCAGUAGUGGUUUGGGAACUAGUAAAAAGGAUUGAAGAAGAUCUCGCCCUUCGGAACAUAGUCGAUUUAAGGAUACCUAGCAGAGCCAGCGCUGGCGGAUCAGAUGCGGUGUCUGUUUGGGCUGAUCAUCUCUUAGGAGUCAAGCUACCGAGAGGCAAGGUUAGUCUACGCGAGCAAUAUCACAAUGACCGCUUGGUGGAGCUUCUCCUCAAUCGUAGUCGUUCACCUCCAAAUGAUCCCUCCUCCUCUGAUACUGGUUCCCUUGGCUACCGUCGUUUCUCAUCACCUGUCAGGUCUCGAAAGAUGAGGGAAGCCGUCCCUACAGUUGCGAUUGUUCACGGCACAAAAGCGGUUCCAUCUGGAGUCGUCCUAUCCACCAAACCGUUGCUGAGAAUGUUAAAUCGGGCCCUGACUUUGCACAAGUUUGCCGAUAUCACGGAGUCCUACUCCCAGUGUAAUAUUGCCCCUUCCAUCCCAUUUCUAUCGUCCGACACUAUUUUGAAGAAGACUACAGCAAUGAUCGAAGACGUCAGGAAGGAAAUGAUACCUCCGAACGGGGUGGUUUUACUGAAGAAGGGAAAGGUGGGGACUUGACCAUCGUAAUGGCUUUCCCCAUCUUCACAACCAAAUGGAAGACUGUUGCAUUCCUAGCCCGUGGACUUACCGACCUGGGAAGACCAUGACGCCCCGUGGCACCGCCCGCUGGUCGAUCCUUUCCGCUUCGUCGAAGCCUGCUAAUGCGAUCGUGCAUACGAUGCAACCGUACUGAUAUGCAUAUGGGACACUCACAGUGUGACCUGUAGCGACCUUUGAAAUUUGACCGGUUGACCUAUGACAUUAUCACUUCUUAUCUCCACUGUGCUACAUUAUCCUUCCUAAUUACUACUUAUAAGAUUAUGUUUAGUAGGAUGCCCUGAUUACAAGAGGACGAACGAAAUCGAGAGCCCUCUUCAGUAGAGAACCCAUCUAUACCUUCUCAGUUUGUGAGUAAUAUGUAACUCUUUUGAAUCCAUGCUUUUCAGCUUGACUUGCACUUUGGUAUAUGUAAUACAAUUCGGUCGCUGCC